UACCACAGUAUUCUCAGUGUUUAGGAAAUUACCUCCCUCUUGUGAGAGGCUGCAGGCACAAAAUGGAGAACUAUUCUUGCACAUAGUUGUCCAUAAAGUCUGUAACGUCAUUAGUCACUGGAUUUUUCUCCUUGUGAGAUUUAGCCUUGAAGAAGCAAACAGUGUCUGAGAUCAGGGUCAGGGUGAGAUUCCCUAUAGGCGCAGGUGUGUAUCACUGCAUCCAUUGAGGCAUAAUGUGUGUAUAUGAUGCGUUCAAGACGAACCACGUGGGUGAAAUGUCAGCACCACAUCCUGUCCAUACACUUCAAAAAGACUUGUCCUCGCUGUCAGCAAACGCGAUACCAAGCACACAGAGCGAGAUCCAUCUGGUUGGGGAAGUGAAUGUUUAGCACUUACAAUGAAACAGCCUUAGUGUGUUGUGUGUAAAAUGUCCAUCUCGCUUGUCCGGUGUUUCCUUCGUCGCUCUCUCUUGAUGUGGACGUUAUCAGUGGUGUUCCUGAAGUUUCCCACUGGACUCUGCUGGCGAGUCGUAAAUCGUGCUGUUGGGGAAUCAGCUGUUCUGUCAGGGACAAAUGACACCACUCGGGUAACAACUCUGCAGUGGAAGAAAGAUAAAAUUAUCAUGCAAAGGCUUAAUGGAAAUAUAACUUUCUAUAACCAAGCCUAUGAAGGGAGACUCACCCUGAGUGAGGGAAACGGGUCUCUAACCAUCAACCCUCUGAUAAAAAGCGACACUGGAGAAUAUACCUUUGAAUCCCUCCCACCGCCAUGGCCAUCAGAGACACAUGUGAUACAACUUAAUGUUUAUGACAGAAUCGUGUCUGUGGAGAUGGACUCGCAGGUGAGCUACAGCCCAGACAACAGCACCUGUACCGUGACUCUGAGCUGCACAGUGAAGGGCAGCGUGGUGAAGCUCUCCUGGUCUAAAGACCAUGAGAAGAUCCCUGAUACGGAGGGGAAGGAGACCCUGGUGGUGACUCCCACGGCUGGAGAGGAGCUCUAUUCCUGCACGGCCUCCAACCCUGUCAGCUCACAGACCGCGAGCCUGGGGGUCUCCUCCUGUCAGACACAAGUUCCCCUGGAUACCAGCAUAUAUGCGCUUGCUGGCAUUGGAGCUCUGUUUGUGCUGAUACUGGCGAUCAUAGGAUGCAUCAUCCAAGUCAGAGCCAAGAGGGAAGUGACCAAAGAAAACACAGUGUACGCUGAAGCCAACAAGCCUCAUGUCAGAGAGAGGAGCACACAGGACAUGCGUUCUAGACAGGCUUCACCAUCUGAAGAUGUUUCCACCUUCUAUGAAGAUGUGAGAAGCACAUCUGUCGUCCCUUCUGGAAAUUCAACGAUAUAUGAAACUGUGAAAUUUGUCCAUGGCGCCCCACCGGCUGCAGUAACCCAACUUCUUUAGAAAAGAUCUUCCCACGACAGUCAGCGCUGUAUUUACAUUCACUUCCUUUGCCGACCCUUUUGCCAACAAGGAUUUUAUAUUCACUCCUGACAGUUUUACAAGAUUCGAACCAACAAGCUCCAGAGCUCUCACUUCCUGCUGUUUCAGCUGGUUUGUGUUACAUAAAUGCAUCAACACCGGCAUGUUUUGCAGCUGCUGAAUUGCACUUGAAGACAUUCUUCAGUUCUUCUCAGAGGUACCGAGCUUUUCAGGGACAAGUGAUACAUUUAACAGAUUUAAAGGGAGAAACCCACGGUGACUGUGAGUUCUUUUGAAAUAGGAACAGGGCUCAUUUUUAAAAGGGAUCAUCUAGACUUUCACGAAUGCCGUAUUAUGUUUCAAAAUCAUCUAAUAUAAUCAAGGGUGGACAUAACCGGUAUGCAAGUACCCAUUCACCUUUAAAACGACACGUGCGGCAAUCGAUUGUUGUAACAGUGUGAAUACGUACGUUUUUUACGCGCAUUUGCGCAGAUAUGACAAGAAAUGAUCGUGCAUUUUAACCUUUAUAUGCUAAUUCAUACUUCAUUUGCGAUAUGGAGGUACGUACGUAUUCACGCUGUUACAACAAUCGAUUGCC